GAAGCGGACGCCUGCCUGCAUGGACUCUCCGCGGCUGCGCCUCUCUGCGACCAGCGCUUGGUGAUGCGGGCGUGGGGCGUGCUGGCGUGGGCGUGGUGGUGGGCGUGGCCCGCGCCCGCAGACGCAGCCGUUCCGCCGCUGCGCGCCGACACGCUGGCCGCCGUCGCCGCCGCCGUGCAGGCCCGCUUCUUCUCGUCGUGCGUGCUGCGCGUCCAGCACUGGCCGCCAGGCUUCGCUGAAUCUCUGAGCUCAGUGGAACUGGAGAAGCAUCUGGCGGUACAACGCCGGACUUUGACCUUUGCAGCCCACAACUCGACCAGCAGUGUCCGGCCCUGCCCCAGAAAUAAAGUCCUCGCCAUCGCCGAUUUAUCCUAUGUGACUACCCCAGGAUUUUUAAGGAAGGAUCUGAGAAGAGACUUGACGUGGCUGGUGGCGGUGAACGGCAGUGAGUGGCGGGCUCGUCUGGGGAGCUGCUACGUGCCGCUGGACACACUGUUGCUGGUGGCCGAGGUGUCGCCUGGCGGACAGCUGGUCGAGAUCACAGAGGUCUUCAACCCGGGCCGCCGCCAACCUUUGGAGUUCGCCCUCUUCGGCCGCUGGACACCCACCGCAGGGCUCUACACGGCCCACAACGACGUCACCGCGCUCUACCUCCGCAGGAGGUCACUCAGGGGUGCUACGCUCACCGUCAUCACCUACCACGAUCCUCCGAGUGUAACCCUGUCAAAGAAAGGACCAAUCUUCCAUGUCAGAGGUUAUUUUGGUGAAGUUUGGAAAACCCUGGAGACACAUCUGGCUUUUAGGACGCGUUGGAUUGUGCAGAAGCGACCAAACCCUGGCUACCAUAAAGAGGACGGCACCUGGGAUGGUGCAGCGGAAGCCCUUCUGGAAGGCAAGGCAGAUGUGGCACUCAUACCCACAACUAUGCGGCCAUACCAGGGCACGCCGAUAGCCUUCUCCUAUCCGCUCUACUACAGCAGGGACCGCCUGUUCGUGAAGCGCAUGGGCUCUCCUCGGUCGUCGUGGGGCGACUACGUGGCGCCGUUCGAGAGCCGGCUGUGGGCCGCCGUGGCGCUGAGUGUGCCCACGCUGGCGGCCGCUCUCUCCACACUGUACCGACUGGGCAGGCAGUUCGGCACGGCAGAAGCAAGCGGACCCUACUACUACUCCUUCUACGACUCCCUGCUUUACGUUUUUGGCGCAUUCUGCCAGCAAGGACACGACAUCACCCCACAAUCGAACGCCUGCCGCAUCGUGUACAUCACGGCGUACAUCACGGCCAUCAUCACGUUCGCCGCGUACUCUGCGGCGCUCAUAUCUUCGCUGACAGUCGUGUCGGAUGACCUGCCCUUCAGCGACAUCGAGGGCCUGCUAAGGGACGGCACCUACACUGUUGGGGUCCUCAAUCGCACCGAGACCUACCAAGGACUCACGAAAGCAGAACCUGGCAGCUUGAACCGGCUGCUGUUCGAGCGGCAGAUGGCGCCGUUCGAGGAUAGCUUCCCGCGGACGAUAGAUGUGGCGCUGCGGCGUGUGUGCGGACGCCAGCGCUACGCCUUCUACGGGCUGGAAGACGCUGUCAAGGCGCUGCAGCGCCACGCCAACUGCUCCGUCGCCGCGCUGCCCUACUCUACCUACCCGCACAGCGUCGCCUUCGCCUUCUCGCAGCGAAGUCCUUACCAGGGCAUUAUCAAUUACAACCUGGGCCUUCUUCGAGACGCUGGCGUGCUGCAGCGACUGCGCAUGUACGAAUGGCCCAAGGAGGAUACGAGCACCGUGAAGAGCUCGCUGACCAGCGUGUCACUGCGCAGCGUUACGCCCGUGCUGCUGCUGCUCGCCUCCAGCGCCGUCGUCGCCGUAGGCACGCUGCUCGUCGAGCGCUGUGUCGCUGCACGACAGUUGCCACGCUGUCCCAUCUAGAGUGUCACCGCGGGACAACUCACACGCUGGCCCCUCUAGUGUGUAGCCACGGGACAGCUGCCACGCUGUCGCAUCUGCAGUGUCACUACGGAUCAACUGCCGCACUCUCCUGUCUAGUGUGUCGCGGUGGGACAGCUGCCACACUGUCCAAUGUAGAGUGUCACUGCGGGACAGCUCACACACUACCCCCUCUAGUGCAUAGCCACGGGACAGCUGCCAAGCUGUCGCAUCUGCAGUGUCACUACGGAUCAACUGCCACACUCUCCUGUCUAGUGUGUCGCGGUGGGACAGCUGCCACACUGUCCAAUGUAGAGUGUCACCGCGGGACAGCUCACACACCACCCCCUCUAGUGCGUAGCCACGGGACAGCUGCCACACUGUCCCAUCUAGAGUGUCACCGCGGGACAGCUCACACACUACCUCCUCUAGUGCGUAGCCACGGGACAGCUGCCAAGCUGUCGCAUCUGCAGUGUCACUACGGAUCAACUGCCACACUCUCCUGUCUAGUGUGUCACUGUGGGACAGCUGCGAUGCUGUCGCACCUGCAGUGUCACUACGGAUCAACUGCCACACUCUCCUGUCUAGUGUGUCACUGAGGGACACCUGCCACACUGUCGCAUCUGCAGUGUAACUACGGAUCAACUGGCGCACUCUCCUGUCUAGUGUGCUGCGGUGGGACAACUGCCACACUGUCCAAUGUAGUGUGUUGCUGCAGGACAGCUGCAAUGCUGCCCUGUCUCGUGUGUCACAAUGGGACAGUUGCUAAGCUGUGCUGUCUAAUGUGUCACAGUGAAACAGCUGACUUGUUGUCAAAUCUAAUGUGUCAUCAUAGGACACCUGCCUCGCUGUCAUGUCUAGUGUGUCGCUGUGGGACAGCUAGCGUGCUGCCCCAUCUAGUGUAUUCCUGUGAGAGAAAUGGCGUACUGUCCUGUCGAAUGUGUCGCCAUGAGACGACACCACACUGCUCCACCCAUUCAUUCGUUAUCGACAGAUGCAGCAUCGCAACAUGUAGUGUGUCAACAUGUUGUUGUUGUGGUCUUCAGUCCAGAGACUGGUUUGAUGCAGCUCUCCAUGCUACUCUAUCCUGUGCAAGAUUCUUCGUCUCCCAGUACCUACUGCAACGUACAUCCUUCUGAAUCUGUUAAUUGUAUUCAUCUCUUGGUCUCCCUCUAGGAUUUUUACCCUCCACGUUGCCUUCUAACACUAAAUUGGUGAUCCCUUGAUGCCUCAGAAUAUGUCCUACCAACCGAUCCCCUCUUCUAGUCAAGUUUUGCCACAAAUUUCUCUUCUCUCCAAUUCUAUUCAAUAACUCCUCAUUAGUUACAUGAUAUACCCAUCUAAUCUUCAGCAUUCUUCUGUAGCACCACAUUUCGAAAGCUUCUAUUCUCUUCUUGUCCAAACUAUUUAUCGUCCACGUUUCACUUGCAUACAUGGUUACACUCCACAUAAAUACUUUCAGAAACGACUUCCUGACACUUAAAUCUAUACUCGAUGUAAACAAAUUUCUCUUCUUCAGAAAUGCUUUCCUUGCCAUUGCCAGUCUACGUUUUAUAUCCUCUCUACUUCGACAACCAUCAGUUUUUUGGCUCCCCAAAUAGCAAAACUCCUUUACUACUUUAAGUGUCUCAUUUCCUAAUGU